AUGUGGACUUUGGGGCCAAUUGUGUGUGCAAGGAUGGUCUUGUAUUCGACGAAACCCGCAAGACGUGUGUGGGUGAGUGCUCGUGUGUGGGUGAGUGAGCGCGUGUGGGUGUGUGCUGGUGUGUGGGUGAGUGAGCGCGUGUGGGCGAGUGAGCGUGUGGCCCCGCUGGCGCGGACGACGGUGGCGCUGAAGGCAAGAGGCUUCGCUGUGACGGACGCCUCCUUCUUGGCGCCGCUGCCGGCCGAGCAGGCCGCUGGCAGCACCGUGUGCGGUAACCUGGACGUCAUGCUCCAAGGCUCCACCAAGAUCUCCGUUGUGUGGAAUGCCUCCAACCCCGCCUCGCAUGGCGACGACGCGCCCAGCAACGCCAUGUGCAAAAGCCUGUCGUUCUACGCCGGGUCGUUCUGCAAGGAGAAGCUGGGCUUUACGAUUGCGCGACCUGCGAAGAAGGGCAGUUCCUACCCCGUCACGAUAAAUGCACAGUGCAUUGUGAAGGAGGGCAAGCCGCAGUGCCAGUGCCCCGACGGCCUCGUGUUCAACGCCGCUAAGAAGCUCUGCCGCGACCCGUCUCUUGCUCCGUUUACCAACCAACCCUUCUUCAACCGCAUUCAGACGUACUCUCCCGACACGCUCUUACUGAACACGAACUCGCUACCUGGGAAAGGCAAGUCCCAUGCACCCUGUGAAGGCACAUCUGGUGAAGGCACAUCCAUGCACCAUCUGGGGAAGGCACAUCUGUGCAUCACCUGGGGAAGGCACAUCUGUGCAUCACCUGGGGAAGGCACAUCUGUGCAUCACCUGGGGAAGGCACAUCUGUGCAUCACCUGGGGAAGGCACAUCCGUGCAUCACCUGGGGAAGGCACAUCCGUGCAUCACCUGGGGAAGGCACAUCUGUGCAUCACCUGGGGAAGGCACAUCUGUGCAUCACCUGGGGAAGGCACAUCUGUGCAUCACCUGGGGAAGGCACAUCUGUGCAUCACCUGGGGAAGGCACAUCCGUGCAUCACCUGGGGAAGGCACAUCCGUGCAUCACCUGGGGAAGGCACAUCCGUGCAUCACCUGGGGAAGGCACAUCCGUGCAUCACCUGGGGAAGGCACAUCUGUGCAUCACCUGGGGAAGGCACAUCUGUGCAUCACCUGGGGAAGGCACAUCUGUGCAUCACCUGGGGAAGGCACAUCCGUGCAUCACCUGGGGAAGGCACAUCCGUGCAUCACCUGGGGAAGGCACAUCUGUGCAUCACCUGGGGAAGGCACAUCUGUGCAUCACCUGGGGAAGGCACAUCUGUGCAUCACCUGGGGAAGGCACAUCUGUGCAUCAUCUGGGGAAGGCACAUCCGUGCAUCACCUGGGGAAGGCACAUCCGUGCAUCACCUGGGGAAGGCACAUCCGUGCAUCACCUGGGGAAGGCACAUCCGUGCAUCACCUGGGGAAGGCACAUCUGUGCAUCACCUGGGGAAGGCACAUCCGUGCAUCACCUGGGGAAGGCACAUCCGUGCAUCACCUGGGGAAGGCACAUCCGUGCAUCACCUGGGGAAGGCACAUCCGUGCAUCACCUGGGGAAGGCACAUCCGUGCAUCACCUGGGGAAGGCACAUCUGUGCAUCACCUGGGGAAGGCACAUCUGUGCAUCACCUGGGGAAGGCACAUCCGUGCAUCACCUGGGGAAGGCACAUCCGUGCAUCACCUGGGGAAGGCACAUCCGUGCAUCACCUGGGGAAGGCACAUCCGUGCAUCACCUGGGGAAGGCACAUCUGUGCAUCACCUGGGGAAGGCACAUCCGUGCAUCACCUGGGGAAGGCACAUCCGUGCAUCACCUGGGGAAGGCACAUCCGUGCAUCACCUGGGGAAGGCACAUCUGUGCAUCACCUGGGGAAGGCACAUCUGUGCCGUCAUGCCUCGCCUGUGCGAGCUCUGCCUCCCUCUCCAUCCACCUGUGCUGCGCCGCUAUCACCUCCGCCCCGUCCGCACACGCCGCAUACGCCUCCAGCAGCUCACUGCAGGCAAGAGCAGGGGGGGGGGGAAGGAAGGCACACGGAGGGACGAAGGAAUACUGA